ACAUGAGUUUAUUGUUCAACAGUUGGCCAGCAACUUGAAACGUCUUUGUCCAUCCCAUAAUUUUUUUCACUUGUACUGCUCAGGCAGUUAAUCCAUUGGAAUGUUAACUCUUAAAUCAAAUCUCUCAAAUGUUGCGAUUUAAAAAAAAAAAAAAAAAAAAAAAAGUCAUAACACUAGCUCCACAUUUGGGAAAACUGCAAAGUCAAAUCAUUCUGAGGGCUAUUUCUGAAAAGGUAGUACAAUGUGCCAAGAAUAUUUUUUUUCAGUAUUGUGCUUAGUGUAGAGAAGUGUUUUUUUUUUUUCCCCAUUAUCUCAGUAUUAAUAAAUGAUGAAUUUCUUUGGUUGUUGUUUACAUAGCAUCAUCCCACCGUUGUUAGUGAGCAGCCAAGUGUUCCUCGUGUCAUGGUUUUAGACUGCAGGCAGGGGGAGAUGUCGUGGCACGCCAAGAAAGGGGAGUUCGCCUGCCUCCCAGGCCCGCUCGCCUCGGCGCCCUCGCUCUUCCCCUCCCUCCCCGCAGGUGAAAGCCCUCCGCGGCGUGCUGAUUCUCCCACGCGCCGGUGCUAACCUGCCCAUUUGCUCCUCGCUCCGAUUUUGAAGCUGUCUCGUUUGCCGCUGUUGGAAUGACACCGCGCUGAGUCGCCGUGAUGAGAUCGUCUGUCCUCGGAUACUUUUGCGCUCUCCUGCUGCUGCUGCUUCGGGAACCUGCGUGCCGCGGGGAUGAGGCGAUAUCCGCCGCCGUGAACCCGUGCUGCUACUUGCCGUGUCAGCACUGGGGCGUGUGCGUGAGAUACGCGGACGACCGCUACGAGUGUGACUGCACCCGCACCGGCUACCACGGGGAGAACUGCACCGUCCCGGACUUCUGGACGCGGAUUCGCGGCCUCCUGAAACCCAGGCCGGACUCGGUCCACUACUUCCUCACCCACUUCCGCUGGCUCUGGGACGUCAUCAACAACACCUUCCUGAGGGACAUUCUGAUGCGACUUGUUCUGACAGUGAGGUCCAACUUAAUCCCCAGCCCUCCAACCUACAACUCAAAAUACGGUUACCUCAGUUGGGAGGCCUACUACAAUCUAAGCUACUACACUCGAAUUCUUCCACCGGUGCCUGAAGAUUGUCCUACACCCCUGGGUGUCAAAGGCAAAGCUGGGCUGCCCGAGCCUGAGCUGCUCGUGGAGAAGCUCUUGAAGAGAAGGACGUUCAGGCCUGACCCGCAGGGCUCCAACCUGAUGUUUGCCUUUUUCGCGCAGCACUUUACCCACCAGUUCUUCAAGACCUACAACCGCAUGGGCCUGGGCUUCACAAAGGCCCUGUCGCACGGGGUGGAUGCCGGACACAUUUACGGCGAUAACCUGGAGCGGCAACUUAAGCUCCGACUUUUAAAAGACGGGAAACUUAAAUAUCAGUUGAUUGAUGGAGAGAUGUACCCACCCUCUGUAGCCGAAGCCCCCGUCAAGAUGAGCUACCACCCGGGCGUGGCCCCCGAGGAUCAGUUCGCCAUCGGCCAGGAAGUGUUCGGACUCCUGCCCGGGUUGGGGUUGUUUGCCACGCUGUGGUUGCGGGAGCACAAUCGGGUGUGCGACAUCCUCAAAGCGGAGCAUCCCAGCUGGGACGACGAGCAGCUGUUCCAGACCGCGCGACUCAUCAUCAUCGGUGAGACCAUCCGAAUAGUGAUAGAAGAAUACGUGCAGCACCUCAGCGGCUACCUGCUGCAGUUGAAGUUCGACCCCACCCUGCUCUUCCACGCCCAGUUCCAGUACGCCAAUCGCAUCGCCCUGGAGUUCAGUCAGCUCUACCACUGGCACCCCUUGAUGCCCGACAGCUUCCGCAUUAACGGGGACGAGCUCACCUACCCGCAAUUCCUCUUCAACACGUCCGUGCUCACUCAUUACGGCGUGGAAACGCUGGUGGACGCCUUUUCCCGCCAAGUGGCCGGCCAGAUAGGCGGGGGCCACAACAUCAACCCCGUGGUGACGCCCGUCGCCGUGAGGACCAUCAGGGAGUCGCGGCAGCUGCGCAUGCAGCCCUUCAACGAGUACAGGAAACGCUUCAACCUCAAGCCAUACACUUCCUUCAGAGAGUUCACAGACAACGAGGAGAUAGCGCUCGCUCUUGAGGAGUUCUACGGCGACAUUGACGCGCUUGAAUUUUACCCCGGCAUGCUGUUGGAGAGGACCCGGCCGGGCUCCAUAUUCGGAGAGAGCAUGGUGGAGAUGGGUGCGCCCUUCUCUCUCAAAGGCCUCCUGGGCAACCCCAUCUGCUCCCCCGAGUACUGGAAGCCCAGCACUUUCGGGGGCCGCGUGGGCUUCGACAUCGUCAACUCCGCCACGCUGAAGAACCUGGUGUGCCUCAAUUCCCGGACGUGUCCUUACGUGGCGUUCCGCGUGCCGCCAGAGGAGCGAAGCGUGAGGACGGAUGAGCUUCGCUUCCCGACCUCCAGUCGCUGCCAGUCUUCUGUUGCCAUGACAACACUGGACGACAAGCUCCUCGGGGAGAAGCUGCAGUACUACUACAGCAGCAGCGAGGAUGAAGGCAGCGAUGACGAGGACGACGAGGGGGCGCCCAAAACCAUAAGAGACGGCGCCGCCGACGAACCUGAGCUGGACUACAGCGCUGAUGGCAGCGCGGUCAACACGGGACCGAAAGGGGUGAUCAACGACUGGAGGAAGUACAAGCAGCUGGAGGUGGAGCAGAAGCAGGAGCAGAAGAACGAGAUGGAGCGCCUGAUCAAGAAGCUGUCCAUGACGUGCCGCUCCGACCUGGACCUGGAAAAGGACAAGGAGAAGCAGAAGGAGCUGCAGGACAAAAUCAAAGGCAAAAUGACCAUGCAGGAGUACAACAUUCUCCAGCAGGAAGAGGACGACCAGGACUUCCUGGAGCACUACCGCGCACAGCGCAUGGAGGAGAUGCGGCGCCAGCUGUGCCGCGGCAAGCGCUUCGAGCGCGUCCAGGAGCUGACCGGCGGCGAGGACUUCCUGGAGGCGCUGGACGAGGAGGACAAGAACACGCCGGUCGUGAUCCACAUCUACGAGCCCGAGGCGGCGGGCUGCGAGGCCAUGAGCGGCAGCCUGGCGUGCCUGGCGCGCGAGUACCCGCCGGUCAAAUUCUGCAGCGUGCGCAGCUCGGCCGUCGGCACCAGCGCCCUCUUCCGGGACGGCGCUCUGCCCGCCCUGCUCGUCUACAAAGGCGGCGAGCUCAUCGGCAACUUCGUGCGACUCACCGACCAGCUGGGCGAGGACUUCUUCGCCGUGGACGUGGAGGCCCUGCUGCAGGAGUACGGCAUGCUGCCCGAGAAGCCCCCCGCGCUCCCCAAAACUGUCCGCAACGGCGCCAUCGUUCAGAGCAAUCUCAGCGACGACGACUCGGACCUCGACAUAGACUAAAACCAUCUCUAGAUGAUAUUCUGCGUGGACGCUUUCUCUUUCUCUCUCUCUCCCCCCCCACACUUUUUUUUUUUCAAUUAUUGUAAAUACACAUUUUCUUUCCCCCAUAAAUGUGGAACUUUUGUCCUCCUAAAAUUAAUUAUAAGUUAUAGAUUUUUUUUUUUGUAGAUACCAAACUUAACCUUUUUUAACUCUACGUUGUAAAAAAAAUUACUUUAUUCCAAAUAAAAUAGGACUUCUCAUAACUGCCAAUUUCGCACACUAAAGAUAUUCCCAUUUUUCCUCUCAUAAUCACAUUGUUACACAUUAAUCACAUUUCUGUUACUGUCGAGACUUGAUAAUCCGUUUUCUUCCCCCACUUAAAUUUCUAACUUGAUACUUAUGAAAUCGUAACAUUAUUUUCAUCAAUUAUAGCUUUUUAAAAAUAAAAUUUUCCUCAUUUGUACCAACUUCCCCCUCUCAAAAACUUACAAUGUCAUGCAUGGAAAAUACCAAUUUAAAACUACUGAAAUAAAAAAAAAAAAUCUCGUACACUAAUAACUUUUUCUGUUGAUACUACAUUUUUAUUUUUAGCGAAAAAUGCGACAAUUUACUUUACCUUUUCUUUGAAAAAUUAAAAUGUAAAUCCACAACUUUCAA